AAUCACGACACACGUCGAGCUGCAGUGGGCGGAGACGCGGCCCAGCGUUAUUGUAGCACAACCGAGCCUUUGGAAUCCAGAAAACGAAUAGAAUCGAGAAGAAAACCGCGACAAAAAGAGCUAAAAACGAGCCAGAGCUGGAGCAUUUGCUGACUUGGAGUCAUGGACCCGGUUUUACCUCCAGACCCGAAUCCUGAGCCUGAACCGGCUACAGACGUGACUUCAGACGCCGUUCAAGAUUCUCCAGUCCAACCCACCUUGGAUCUGAACCAGCAGCCAUGCCUGGAACCAGCUCCAGAACCGGCCCUGGAACCCUCUGGAGAACUGAACCCGAACCCAGAAAUAAAGCCAGAACCAUCAGCACCAGAACUCACACCAGAACUACCGAUCCCAGAACAGGCCCCGGCACCGGCACCGGCCCCAGCAGCCAACUCCUACAAGAUCAUGACCUUCAGACCCACCAUGGAGGAGUUCAAGGACUUUGGGAAGUACAUCGCUUACAUCGAGACCCAAGGAGCUCAUCGUGCUGGUCUGGCAAAGGUUAUUCCGCCGAAGGAGUGGAAGCCGCGGCGUUCCUAUGAAACCAUUGAAGAGAUGGUCAUUCCCGCUCCCAUCAUGCAAGUGGUGACCGGCCAAUCAGGACUCUUCACUCAAUACAACAUCCAGAAGAAGUCCAUGACGGUUGGAGAAUAUCGCAAACUGGCCAAUAGUAAAAAGUACUGUACCCCUCAACACAAGGACUUUGACGACCUGGAAAGAAAGUACUGGAAAAACUUGACGUUUAUGUCGCCCAUUUACGGCGCCGACAUAAGCGGGUCCCUUUAUGACCCGGACAUCACGGAGUGGAACAUCGGCCAUCUGAACACUCUUCUGGACAUGGUGGAGCAGGAGUGUGGGAUCGUCAUCGAGGGCGUCAACACGCCAUACCUGUACUUCGGCAUGUGGAAAACCACCUUCGCCUGGCACACGGAGGACAUGGACCUCUACAGCAUCAACUACCUGCAUUUCGGCCAACCAAAGUCCUGGUAUGCCAUUCCUCCCGAGCACGGCAAGAGGUUGGAGCGGCUGGCGCAAGGUUUUUUCCCAGGAAGUUCUCAGGGCUGCGAUGCAUUUCUCCGUCACAAGAUGACCCUCCUUUCGCCAUCCAUCCUGAAGAAAUACAGCAUCCCCUUUGAUAGGAUCACGCAGGAGGAGGGCGAGUUCAUGAUCACGUUCCCGUACGGAUAUCACGCCGGAUUCAACCACGGCUUCAACUGCGCCGAGUCCACGAACUUCGCAACCCUGCGCUGGGUCGACUACGGCAAGAUGGCCACGCUGUGCUCGUGCCGUAAGGACAUGGUGAAGAUCUCCAUGGACGUCUUCGUUCGCUGUCUGCAGCCUGACCGAUACGAGCUGUGGAAACAGGGGAAAGACAACAUGGUCCUGGACCACCUGAAGCCCACGAGCCUCACCAGCCCCGAGCUGGAGCACUGGAGGAAAACCAGAGUCACGUACAGAGAGAAGCUCCUGCGCAGAGCUCAGGCGAGGGUGAAACAGUUUCGGCGUCUGAAGCUGGAGGAGGUGAAGGUCCUGGACGAGGAGGGAGUGAAGCUGGAUAUGAAUGAGUAUCUACACAAGGUGGAGGAGCGCGAGGAGCAGCGACGGCAGAAAAGGGAUGAGCGCAUGGCGCGGGAGGCGCUCCUCACAUUGGAGGCGCUGGAGAGGGAGGAGCAGGAGCAGGCGGAAGCAGCGCUUCGGGAAGAAGACGGAAAAAUGGAUUCCCAGGAUCCUCCGCCGGAAAACAGAGAGGAGGAGGAGGAGGAGAAGAAGAAGAAGAAGAAGAAAAAGAAGAAGCCAAAGCAUCCCGGCGAGCUCUCCUUCCAGGAGGUGUUUGAGCAGUUCGCUUCCAGUGAUGUUGACAGUAAUGGAGCCACUCCCGACCUACAGCUGAGUCCCUUCCCGAAGCUGAAGAAGAAAGUUGAAGUGAAGAAGAGUCGUAGACAUCCAAUCAGCAAGCCGCCCAUGCGCUCUCCUCACUCCAUAGUCAAACAGGAAGCCUCCAGCGACGAAGAGCUGUACUCUGGGCUGCCUGUAGGUGGCGGUGUGCAGCCGGAGGCUAAGAAGUCCGAGGAGAGCGCCUUGUGGCAGAACCGCGUGCCAAACUUCCUGAACGAGAAACAGUUCAACGUUGCGAUGGCGACCAUUGAGCCGCACUGCGCCGUCUGCAUGCUCUUCUGUCCGUACACACAGCCUAUGAAGGACCCCUUCCACCUCUCGGACACGUCCGGUCUGGUGUCACGGGUCGGCUGUCGCACGCGUCCGCUGGUUCCUGAGAUGUGCUUCAGCGCGGGUGCGGAGAACACCGAGCCACUGCCGUCGAACUCCCACAUCGGUGACGACGGCACCAGCGUCCUGCUGUCCUGCGGGAGCUGCAGUCUUCAGGUCCACGCUAGUUGUUACGGCGUUAAUCCAGACACGAAACAGGAGGGCUGGACGUGUUCUCGGUGUAAUGCUGCCGAAUGGACAGCCGCCUGCUGUCUGUGCAGUUUAAGAGGAGGAGCUUUGAAGAAAACCACAGAUGACAGGUGGGUUCAUGUGAUCUGUGCCGUCGCUGUGGCCGAGGCUCGCUUUGUUAACGCGGUGGAGCGAGAGCCUGUGGACGUGACGGCCGUCCCUGACACCAGGAAGAGUCUGAAGUGCGUCUACUGCCACAAGACGACCAAGCAGAUCUUGGGUGCGUGUAUCCAGUGCUCGUUGGACAACUGCUCCACGUCCUUCCACGUCACCUGCGCCCUCCUCGCCGGAGUCGUCAUGAAGCCAGCCGAUUGGCCGUACGUGGUGUCCGUCACCUGCCACAAACACAAACAGACCAAUCAGAAGGUGCGUAGCUGCUAUAGAAGGGAUCUCAAUGCACAUGGUGAUCCUCAAACUGACGCGUUGCCUCCAUUGCAGGUCAAAAACCGCACCCGCGAGCUGUCUUUAGGUCAGGAGGUCAUCGGCAGAAGCAGCAAUGGUUGGUUUUAUCGCUGCACCAUCACCGGCAUCGGCACGCAGAACUACUACGAGGUCAAUUUCGAUGACGGCUCCUACUGUGAUAAUGUCUUCCCAGAGAACCUGCUGAGUCAUGACUGUCUGAGGAACGGCCCUCCAGAACGGGGCGAACUCGUGGUGGUCAAGACAUUCGACGAACGGGUUCUCAACGCAUCUUUCAUAAGGGAAAAUGUCCAACGAUACUAUCAGGUGGAGUUUCAGGAUGAGACACAGAUCUUACUGAAGCGCAGCGAGAUUCACUCUCUGAACCAAGAGCUGCCUAAGAGGGUCAUGUCUCGUAUGCAGACAACUGUGAACCAACAGCAACCUCAGGCGCAACCGUCAGAUGAACCUUUGGCCGCAAAACGCCCACGUCUGCCAACACCGCCACCCACACUAGCCAUUGAGCCCUCGGUGCUACCUCCAGAAAUAGUCACCGCUUUCCUGCCCGCUAGUAUUACUCCAAACACCAGCAUUGCCCCCUGCCUGCCUCCACCCACAUCACUUCCUGUUUCAGCACCCACACUUCCUGCCCCGGAACCAAGUGAGAGUUACACCCACAGCUCCAGCUACAUAGCCUACAUGGAGUCUCUCCUCAACUCGGACUUUCCUCCAGAAGAGGGCGAACAUGGCGUUGAGCCGAUGUUUUGAAGCACUGUUGCGGGCUACCAGCUAUUUGUCAAUGCUUCAUACAGACUUUAAAUUCAUCUACUGCAUGUCUUUGUUUCAUUUAUUCGCUGUUGUGCUAAUCUGAGUCUCCCACCCAUGAAUGGUGUGUGUGGGAUACAUGCGUGUCAUUAUAGACUGAAGCCGAAACAUACCCAGUACAUAGCCUUGGGGGAUGCCGUACUCUUCCGACUAUUUCCACGAUCCCUUUCUCUGGUUCUUCCACUAAAUGGAAAGAGCCACCAUACGUUUUCAGAUGGGAUAAUCAUUCACUGUAUGUGCUGUUAAAUUUAUACCUGAUUUUUUUUCUCUAACGAGUGCUAAAUAUUUUUCUAACUCAAGCCAAAACAUCAUGCUACCCGGUCACAGUUCAAAUAGACAGUCUAUAUCUGUACAGUUUCAAGUAUUUUUCUCUGUACUCAAGUGUUCGGGCGGAGAGGUCACAGGAAGAGUUUAGCUGGGCUCAAGGGAUUUAAUAAGUAUUUAAAUGUCUUUUGUCACAUAUAGGUUUAAAAUAUUUGUAUAAAGAAAAUCCAUUAUGGCAGCAUCGGAAGCUACAGUUUUCAGUUAGUGUACACAUUUGUGUUACGAUAGAUUUGUGCGUCUCAAUGUAUCCUUCUAUAAUCAACGAUAAAAUGUUUUUUCAGCCACAGAUGAUUUGUUUUUGUAGCAUACUUGGUAGACGUUGAUAUUGAAUACGAUUCACCCGGUCUGUUUUUUUAUUAUGAUUACUGUUGUUGUUAUGAUUAUUAUUUUUAUUUUGAUGAAUCUUUGCAACACAAUGUCGAAAGAUGAAAAAAAAAGUUGUUGAGUUUAUAAUUUUUAUUCAAGAGGUUGAAGUGGCGUACAUUUAAGCGUGUAUAGUCAUAGGUGAUAUUAAACAGAUACGCAAUCCGCCUUCUCAAGGUGCUAUAGAGGUCUUAGACUACUGAGGGGCGGUCUGGGUCAGGUGACCCACAAUGAGGUGUACAUACUAGACGUCCUGCUCACGAAUUGGAAAAAUGUUCUUCAGUGUAACUUCUAGUCUUACAAAUGCCAUGUCACAUUUGAAUAAAGGGUCUGGUUGUCGCUUUGGAUUUCUUUUCUCUUUUAUUUUGUUUGCCCAUCCUGAUUUCAUUUUCUGAUGUAAGCGAUUAUCAAUCGGCACACCUCCUUCACCGGUAUUUGCAGGUUCAUCAUCCAUAUAGCAUUGAGAAUUUGCUUCAGCGCCCCUUGAUUGAUUCGUAAACAAACACUGAUAAGACCUUUACAGACAGGAUUGUCAUUAUAGACUGAAGCCAAAACGAGCCCAGUACAUAGCUUUGGGGGAUGGCACACUCUUCAGACCCUUCCCACAAUCCCUCACUCCCAAUUCUUCUCUAAACCAAAAUAAUGGCCAAAUAAUUUUAGAUGGAAUAAUCAUUCACUUUAGCAUGCCAAAGAUUUUGGAGAAUUGUUAAAAAUGCAAGAUAAAUUAAUACAAGAAAAGUCCCCAGAUGAACUUAUUAAAAUAUUAAGUUGACAGCCCUUCUUUUUCAAUAUAUUGUCUCUUACAUCAUGAUUUUUUUUCAUACUAUUAUUCCUCCUUUCAUUAAGCAUGUUUUUUAAUAACAAAAAUCUGAAUUACACCUUUACAUAUGAAGUGAUUAUGAAACUAUUGAGUGCAUCCUCUUUCCUUCCGUUCAAUGUGACAACCACCAUUCUCAUCUCAACACUGUUUAUUGUUUUCUGUCUGCCAGUUGCCUACGGCCGCUCUGACACUAGACACAGUGUGUCAAUGGCAUUUGUACUCCCGUGUUUCUGGGGUUUCUGCUUUGCAUUAACAGAAACGUCACAAGGGGCAGGUUUAAUGAAAUAACCCACCACAGCUUGCAUACUGAUGAUGGCAAAUGUUUAUCUGUGCAGAAGUACUAGGAAAGAUUCUAAUAAAAUGUGAAGUGAAAUGGU